AUGGCCGUCUACGCCCUGAUCUUCGCCGUCAUCAGCAUGGUGCUGGAUGUGACGCUCUUUUGGAAAGAAGUAAUCCCCAUCUACGCCACAUGCUCAGGUCUGACCAUAGCAACGAACUAUGAUGAUUGGGAAGAGUCUGCAUUUGAGCUAGAUGAGCUCCUGAGUCUGGAUCUGUGGCGCCAGAACCCGUCUAGCAAGCACUAUGAUUCUCGCCUUAUCAUGGGGAGAUUGACGGCUCUGAUGACCGCGCGGGAAGACGACGAUAUCCUCACGCUGGUCAACCUUCUCCGCUCAGGUCUCGUCCGCAACCUCGGCAACAUCACCUCGCCCAAGCUCUUCUUGCAUGCCAAUGCGGGCACGAAGCUGCUUAUUGAUGACUACAUCACACAGGUCGCUCUUUCCAUACAGCAUGUGACAGCGCUGCAGACUGCACCGGUGCAUGACAGCGGCUUCACAUCCCAGGCGAAGGUAGAACUGCUACACGACACGCGCCAGGCUUUCGGUAGAUCGACAUUACUGCUGCAGGGAGGUUCGAUCUUCGGUCUUUGCCACCUCGGCGUCGUCAAGGCCCUCCACCUACAAGGCCUUUUGCCACGGAUCAUCACGGGGACGGCUACGGGUGCGCUUAUUGCAGCCUUGGUUGGUGUUCACAGCGAGGAGGAGUUGCUGAGCAUCUUAGAUGGCGAGCAAAUUGACCUUUCUGCUUUUGACCGCCAACAAGACGAAGCCCAGCCUUCAUCCUGGCUGGGUCGCCGGCUACUUCCAUCAAGUCUGGCAAAUGGUGGACUGAUGACUUUGCUUCGACGGACGAAGCGAUACUUUACCAAGGGCUACUUUCUCGAAGCGGGGGUCUUGGAAGAGUGUGUUCGCGCCAACCUAGGCGACCUAACAUUUGAAGAGGCUUAUGCUAGAUCAAAGCGCAUACUGAAUAUCACAGUCGCUACUUCAGGGCGGUGCGGAACACCGAAUUUGCUAAACUACCUAACUGCACCGAACGUGCUUAUCUGGUCUGCCGCGGUCGCCUCCAAUGCCACCAACAACUCUCUCUACCCCCCCGUAACGAUUUAUUGCAAAGACGAGACAGGCUCCAUCGUCCCCUGGCCACACAGCCAGGACGCGAUCUUUAAACCAUGGCGUCACACACACUAUGAAGAAGGGGAAUCUCCACUUUCCCGAAUUGCUGAGCUCUUCAACGUAAACCACUUCAUUAUCUCUCAAGCCCGCCCAUAUAUCAUACCCUUCUUCCGCUCGGAGCUCAACUUCCUUGACCGCAGGCCUACAACAGGCCGUUGGAAUAUAACCCGUGCCUUGACACGCCUCGUUGUUCUCGAGAUUGGCCACCGUCUCAGCCAGCUCAACUACAUCGGCGCCUUACCAUUACCUCUCGCAAGGCUUCUCAUAGAGGAGACAGUCCCGGGGUCUCACCUAACCCUCGUUCCAGAUCUCAGACUUCGUGAUUUCCCCAAGCUCUUCCAAAAUCCAGACCAAGCCAGUCUAGCACAUUGGGUACUCAAAGGCGAACGAGGCGUCUGGCCCGCUGUCUCCGCAUUAAAAGUCCGAUGUGCCGUGGAGAUCGAACUCGACAAGGGCUACCAGGUAGUUCGCAGACGGAAGCCCGCGGCCGAUGCUCUAGGCUUUUCCAUGGGACAGUCGGUAGCGCCGCUGGCUGCAACAACGACUUCAUCAGCGGGGUCGGAUUCCUUGCUACAGGGAACACCGCCGCGACCACAGCCGAAUGAGGGCGUUCCGCGACAGCGAAGGGGAUAUAGCAUUGAUCUUGUGGGUACAAAAGAUCGGGAUCCAACUGUUACGUUGACAAGUCCUGAUCAGCCUUAUUCGUGA